UCACGAUCGCGCGUGCCGUCGUCGCCGCGAGAGAACAUCAAAAGUGUAACGGGACUGUUCGUGCUAAUCAACUAAAGUGGAAAUCUACUGUUUCUUUUAGUGAACAACUCACAAGGACAGCGGAAUUUCGACGAUCUCUGGUCAUCAAUGCUGAGUCGUUUGCAAGAAUCAAAAGAGGCCGCGGCUUCCCGGCAGCCUCGACAUCAUCCGGCUAUAGCGAGCAGCACGAAAUCAAGCAAAUCUCUCAAACGAACCUCCAGUCAUGAACAUUGAUAAACAAAUCGCGCACCUGGUAUUUCCGCUUGCUCACGAAACUUUUUUUACUUCAUGACUUUAUAACGAUUAUCUCUCACUCGGGAGAACUGACAAGCAAAGCACGCUUUACGAUAUCGGCAAGAUUUUAGAGUGCCAAGCGCGGGGUCUCAUAAAAAAGUAUACGUACCGAGAAAGGUGAGCAAAAAGUUUUAGUUUGAUUAAUUUUUGUAGGUCACGCGGUAAUUAUGAAAAGUUAUUCCGGGAAGCUUUUUUUUUUCUUUUUAAUGCGGCUUUUCGUGCGUCGAUACGCUGCUACGAAGUUUAGUCAAAAAAGUUCUCGCCAGACAACAAACUAUAACGCAGCAAAUAUGGAAAUUAAUUUGCUUUUUCCCGUUUACUCGAUAAUGAAAUAAUGUAUUUUCCGUUAGAUCAACGUUACGUAAUCUUUUGUCAGCUAAUGGAUUGCUUCGUGCACGACAAAUGAGCGGUGUAAUAGUUUCUCUUUCCGUGAAACGUUGGAAAAAAAAAAUAAAGAAACGUCGUUCAUUAUUAUCUUAUCGUAAAUAUAAAUUAUACACGUGAAAAUGGGACGUGAAAAGCCCACACAAUGCGUGCGUAACUACACAUAUAUUCGAAGCAAUUAAUAAUAACUCUAUAUCGAUUAUAAUCCGUCGCUGUCUGUACAUUAAGAAGACAUCCCGAAUGAAACUCGCAAUCGCGACGGCAAUCUUAUUGAUUGCCUGCGCACACUUCACGUGACAAGAUAUCAAUCCGUGCGAACGCCCGUGGCGACCUUGUGAACUCUAUUUACAAGAUGUGUGCCAAGGUGUGCCACACGACUCUCCUGCAGAAAUCGGCGACGAAUUUCACAUCACUUUUUCCUAACUCAUUGGCCAAACAAAUUACUCUCACACGCGUAUUAUCGUCAACUCGACAAGUAAGAAGGAAAUUGAGGCCGCGAUUUCGGGCUGGAAGAAUCGGUGUCACUCAUCUUGCAUUUUCUCCUCGUUUAACAUUCAUAGGCUAAGCACGUGCAAAAUAAUCCUCGCACGUACUGCGUCAUUGAUUUGCAUUCAAGUUAAGAAUCUGGCAAUAAGUACAAAGAUAACGCGAGACUCUCGCGAUGAGAUCGAUACUCGCCCAUACGCAUCGUGACGAUGAAUAUUGAACGCCUCGACUUUAUCAACACGUGGUGGCGUGAUAGGAAAUUUCGAUAGAUACGGCGGGCCGGCUCUGUUGACGAUACGUGCCGGUAAGUGGCUUUUUAAUUAUUUGAAAAAUCUGAUCUUUGCACCUAACGCUUCUGCCUUAUACGAUAAAUUUCUUAUCGACGAUCGUUCCAAUUGGAUUGCAAGCAAAUUUUAUUGCAAUCUCGAUCCCUCGGAUUUCUACCAUUGCAAAAUCAUUAAAAAAAUACCAUUCGUCACUUGGCAUCGCUCAGUAAACACCAUAAACUUGCACAUAGAUCCGUUUAAGCCGAAAUUUCCAGAAGGACGAGUACACGCAAUUUCCUUAGCAUUGUUAAUGCACUAACGAUCCCAGUAAAAGCUUAGAGAGGGCUUUCUCGCUCCCUUCCUCUCCGCGCGAUAAUUACUUCGGGUGAAAAAUCGCGAGCGAGAGCGAGUCAACUACGUGGCAAGAAUGAACUCCCCGCCGAAUUCGAGAGCGCGCGUGCAUAUUAUAUAUAGUUCGCGGAGCGCUGGUGGUGGCGUUGGCCCGUCAUCAAGGCAAAAGAGCAGAGGCGGUGGCGGGAAUUUCUCUGUGCGCGCUCGCGAGGGGCGAGAUGUUUUAAUAAAGUCGACGCCGACUUGUUUAGUGCUUUAAUAUGCGAGAGUUUGCCGAGGCGAAAUUUUCCCUCUCGCGCCGCCUGGCGCGCGUUGUUAUUAAUUCAAUUAAACGAUGAUAUUGUGCGUGUCGCGCCAGCGAGGGAAGACUAAAGAUCUUUGAAGAUCAAGGUUAAAUACUGGUGCUGCUGCCGUUCCUGCUGAACGUAAGCUUCGGUAGACAAUUUGUUUUUCUACUUUUUUCUCUUUUCCGUCUCACUCGUGUCGCAUAAAUUUCGAGAAUGCGCCAGCUGGGCGAAGCUCCUCAAUGCGGAACGCUUUGAGGAAACCUCGGCCCCCGCGCGCACAGCGCAUAAAUUUAUCGCUCGUUCCAUUUGCGCCCGCGAAACUUCCGCAAUUCUUUAAUUCAAAUCGCAAGCACGCCACAACAAGCUCAUCAAUCUUGCACCUCGUUCCAGCCGGCCUUUAAAAGAAUCCCUGCCAUCCCCGAGAAAACCCGCGCGGUAAUCAGCAGGAAGCCGCUGCCGUACGCGCGCGCCCGAUUUUUUCUUUUUCAUUCCCGCUCGCCUGGCUUCUUCGCGCGAAUCAAGCGCGCGCCGAUGAUAAAUUCGCUGGGGCGUCGCGCGGGAAAUUAAAGGAGAUUUUUCUCCCCGCGUCGAGCUCGCGCCCGCGAGUGCUUUACAUUUUCGAUGAUGCCGAUAAAGCUCUCUCCUUUCUUUUCGCUGGCACACAUGUGCGGCGAUAAAAAACUGAACUGGUUACGCGGCUCGUUCGACGAGGGAAGGCUGGGGAAGGAACAGAGAUAACCGCAGAUAUGGUUUAUAGUUUCAACGGAUGAAAAUGCAAGUCGAUAUGGCAGUAGAUAGAGAUACGCGUGGUACAAUUGCUGAGCGUACUUAACAAUACAUUAGAAUGUGUGCCGGAUUUUCUUUUUUUGGAAGUAGGCCGGUAGCCGCGCGCUCGUUUGUGACCGAUGACGACACUCUUCUCAAACGGCACGUUCUAUUUUCUACGUUUUGUACUGUUGAUUAGGUAUCAUUAGCCGGAGAGGAUGAACUAGAUAGAGGCGAAUAAAAAGUGAAUUGUGAAUGAUCGUAAAAAUGUAUGGUCAUUUCAAUUGGUAAUAUUAAUGCUUAACUUGGAAGUUGAGUUGAUAACAUAAUUAAUUACCUGUAUCUAUAAUGAGUAACUCAAACAGAAAUCAUAGCGAUAUUUUGAUUAGUUCAUUUUAUUAAUUGGAGUUGUGAAACUCGUCUGAAUCACACAACACUUCGAGUGUCAUUAAACCGAGUGUAAUGAGGAAGCGAUUAUAUCUCCAACUGCUUAUGAGUUGUUUAAUUAAAUUCAUUGACAAGAAUAAACGAUUAAAACUAUCAUUAAAUUUGAUUUCCAAUCAUACGUAAUAUUUUCGCAAGUUGAAACGAACUGUGUGUAUUCUAUAUUAAACAAAAAUAAACGAAUCUCACAGUGUCUGAUCUGAUUUGAAAAAACGCGUAGUGAAGAGUCGCGCACAUGCGCACAGUGCACUCUGUCGUCUGCUAUAACUGACAACAAUUUCAAUAAAUCGUGUUUACGUUUGCUAUAAAUCGUAUAAAAUUCAUUUUCUAAUCAAUUGAUCAAUUAGAUUAAAUAUUUUAUAUCGAGAUACCACGGAUAAUUGUUUUUUAUGCCAUAUUAUUAUUUAGGGAUAGGCGUGUACGAUAGAAUCGGAAACUCGAAGUGUUAAUUCGAGCUCAUUAAUUUGUGCUUAUCAAAGUUUGAUUCAUGCUCUUCCAAUUGUAUUUAUUAAACGAGGAAUUUCUGUCAUUCGUUUUGUAAAUAAUAUAAAAUUGCAAUGCCAUGAGUUUUUUAUGUUAACUUCAAAAGUUGAUUUUUUUGAGGUUAUAAUUAAGUGUGUUUUGCCAUUGUUUUUGGAUAAGCAUGCAUGAUUCAGUGAUAAAUUGGAUUUGCGUCGAAAAACUAUCCGUUUAUCGCUGCCUUCAAUACAGACACAUAGUCUGGAAAUACCAAGUGCAUACUUUCAUAUUGUGCCUUAUCAUAGAUACCUUCUUUCUCAAUAAAAAUAUUGCAUUUUGUUAAAAUGGAUAUAUCUCUGUCUUCAUUAUCAAUACUGCUACUUUUAGCGGUAACUGCUGUAUCAGCAGAAUUUCGAGUAUCAAGCCAAGAUAUACGAGUACAUCUCAAUAAUGAUACUCAAUUUUACUUGUACUCAACAGAGAAAAAUAGGACGGAAAAUGUUGAAGUUUUUUUUGAGUCACAACAUGAUGAUUUGGUUCGGACAGAUCCUGCUCACUUUAUAGCAAAAAAAAAUGAAUACAAUUGGACAAUAAAAAUUCUUGGAAUAAAACCUGGUUAUGUUACGGUCACUACAAAUAUAACCGGCAUUGACCCGUCAAACUUUUCCGAAGCAUUUGUGCGCGUAACAGUAGAAAGAUCUGAGAUCCUAUACAACAUAAGUUCAGUGGUAGGAUGGAUUUACUUCUUAGCAUGGAGUAUUAGUUUUUAUCCGCAAAUAUAUACCAAUUAUAAGAGAAAGAGUGUAAUCGGGCUAAAUUUCGACUAUCUGUCGCUUAACUUAGUUGGAUUUAUUAUGUACGCAUUGUUCAACUGCGGAUUGUAUUGGAUCCCGGAAAUUGAGCAAGAAUACUUUAGUCGAUAUCCGAAAGGAUUGAAUCCAGUUCAAGUAAACGACAUAUUCUUUGCACUUCAUGCUGUUAUCGCGACGAUUGUGACAAUAUUCCAAUGCUUCAUAUAUGAGACCGGUAGUCAAAGGGUAUCAACAAUAGCACGACUAAUCCAUGGUGUAUUUAGCAGUUUCGUGCUAAUGUCAAUGAUCCUUGCUCUCUACAAUACAAUCCAAUGGCUCGACUUUUUAUAUUAUUGUAGCUAUGUAAAACUUGCGAUUACGCUGAUCAAAUACGUACCACAAGCGUUUUAUAACUACAAAAGGAAGUCCACAGUCGGCUGGAGCAUUGGCAAUAUAUUUUUAGACUUCACUGGUGGUAUACUUUCGAUGCUUCAAAUGAUUUUAAAUGCUUACAAUUAUGAUGACUGGGAGAGUAUUUUUGGAGAUCCAACGAAGUUCGGCCUGGGAUUUUUCUCCGUUGCAUUCGACAUAUUUUUCCUUAUACAGCACUUCGUGCUAUACAGGGACAGAACCGAUUACAUCGAAAUAUCAGGCGGUUGCAAUGAGCAUCGUCAAGAAGACAAUAUCAGUUGUGGCACAUCAGAAGCGUGAUUCACAACUCAAACAGUAAAAAAAAUUAUCAUUCUCGACAUUCGCAAUUCUUAUAAAUCAACUCACAAAGUCGAGUAUUUUUUUAUUGAAAUCUUCUAUUUUCUACUAAAUUAAGAGUAAUUAUCGAAUUUGAAUUCUUCAAGACUGAUCUAUUAAAAAUAAUUAUAUUCCAAAAAUGUCAAAAGCAGAACGUCUAUAUUUAUUCCAAACGAUAUUGAAUAUUUUUUUUAAACACUUGAUGACGCCAGCUUCUACAUGCUUAUCAAUAAUAAGCAUGACAUCAAAACUUUCACCACUCUUGAAGUUUCACCCAGUCAUAAAACUUUAUUCAAGGCAUCUAACGUUUUGGCCAGAAACCUUAACGAAAAAGAGUCAACGUCUCUACACGAAGGCAUAUCCAAC